AGAGGACUCUUUAAAGUAGAUGUCACUACAUACUGAUAUACACCUGAACAUCAGCAGGAGAGGACUCUUUAAAUAUAACUCCUGCAGCUCUAGUUGUGACACUACAGCAGCAAACAUUUAAAAAUGAGAAGCAGAAAGCAGAGGAAGUGUGAGCUGUGUUUCUUAAAGCAGAAGUGAAACGCUGCUCUGUGGUUCCUCUUGUUUCUGAGAAGGAGAGGCUGUGCAACAGGAAGUGAGGCAGGCUGCACACAGGAAGUGAAGUGAGUUCUCUGUUAGAUCUGAAUCAUCAUCAGGAGCACAUCGAACUGGCAGCCCACAUUUCUGCAGAGCUCUGACAUCGACUUUUACUCUUUAAAUAAUCAAUGUAGCUGUUGAACUCUAUCGGUCGGUGUUAAAGGACCAUGCAGGGAUUUAAAUCGUGUCACUUUUGUGUAAAAAAUUAAUAAAAUCCAUCCCAUUUGCUCUGUGAACGCCACUACAUGUAAGAUGUCCUGCAUUGUAGGGCUGCAACUAAAGCCUCCUCUCAUCCAGGCGAUCUUCAGCGGAGACCCUGAGGAGAUCCGCAUGCUCAUCUAUAAAUCUGAAGACAUCAACGCUCUGGAUUCAGAGAAGCGCACCCCGCUGCACGCUGCCGCCUUCCUGGGAGAUGCAGAGAUCACCGAGCUCCUCAUCCUCUCUGGGGCUCGGGUCAAUGCCAAAGAUAACAUGUGGCUCACCCCCCUCCCAUCGGGCGGGUGGCAUCCCGGAGCGAGUGAGUCGGUGAGGGUUCUGAUCCGUCACUCGGCCGAUGUGAACGCUCGGGAUAAGAACUGGCAGACGCCACUUCACGUCGCUGCAGCAAAUAACGCUCUGCGAUGCGCAGAGGUCAUCAUCCCCCUGCUGAGCAGCGUCAACGUGUCGGACCGCGGAGGACGCACCGCGCUGCAUCACGCGCUAAACGGACACACGGAGAUGGUGAACCGGCUCCUGGCUAAAGGAGCGAACAUCAACGCCUUCGAUAGAAAGGACGGCCGGGCGCUGCACUGGUCGGCGUUCAUGGGUCACCUGGACGUGGCGUGUCUGCUGGUGAGUCAGGGGGCGGAGAUCAGCUGUAAAGACAAACGAGGAUACACCCCCCUCCACACAGCCGCCUCCAGCGGGCAGAUCGCUGUCGUCAAACACCUGCUCAACCUCUCUGUGGAGAUCGACGAGUCGAAUGCGUUUGGGAACACGGCGCUGCACGUGGCGUGUUUUAACGGACAGGAUGCUGUUGUCAGUGAGCUCAUCGAUUACGGAGCUAACGUGAGUCAGGCCAACAACAAGGGCUUCACGCCGCUGCACUUCGCUGCUGCGUCCACUCACGGAGCACUGUGUCUGGAGUUCCUGGUCAACAACGGGGCCGACGUCAACGUACAGUCGUGACGGAAGAGUCCUCUUCACAUGACGGCGGUUCACGGACGCUUCACUCGCUCACAGACCCUCAUCCAAAACGGUGGGGAGAUCGACUGUGUGGACAAAGAUGGAAACACUCCUCUGCACAUCGCCGCGCGAUACGGUCAUGAACUCCUCAUCAACACGCUCAUCACCAGCGGAGCAGACUGCACCAGGCGAGGAGUCCACGACAUGUUCCCUCUGCACCUGGCGGCUCUGAACGCUCACUCUGACUGCUGCAGGAAGCUGCUCUCCUCAGGCUUCCAGAUCGACACUCCUGACAGCCUGGGGAGGAGCUGCCUGCACGCCGCCGCCGCCGGGGG